AUGAAGACUUCCACUAUCAUCCUUGCUGCUGCGGCCGCUGUUGCCAACGCUCACUACGACGAUACUCACGUCGGAUUCACCACUGUCUACAAGAACGGCACCGUCACUGAGCCUACUCAGUACACUACCAGCACUGUUUACAGCACCAAGACAUACACCGUCACUCAGUGCCCUCCCACCGUCGUCAACUGCCCUGUUGGUCAUGUCACAACCGAGACUAUUGCUGUUUCCACAACUAUCUGCCCUGUCACUGAGGUCCACAACCCAACCGAGCCUGCUCACCACAACCCUACCGAGCCUAGCAAGCCUCAUGAGCCUACUCACCCUGGCCAGGACGUUAUCACCAAGACUCAGACCUACGCCUACCCUCACCCCACCAACCACGGCCAGAGUGUGACCAAGACCAUCACUUACACCGUUCCUGUCGAUCACGCCCACAACGGUACCGCUGUUUACCCUCCCCACACCUACCACCCCGUUCCUUCUGGCGGUGCUCACCCUACCGGUGUCGCUCCUCCUCCUCCUCACUCCGGUUCCGAGGGUGGAAAGACUCCUCAGGGCGAGCAACCCAGCAAUGACGACGGCACCGACAGUGGCAGCGAGGGUAGCGACAGUGGAAGCAAGGGUAGCAACGGUGGUGACAGCUCCUCCGGCUCCGGCUCCGGCUCCGGCUCCGACUCUAACGAGGACCACGAGCCUUCCACCUCUGAUGUUCCCGAGCCUGUGACUGCCGGUGCUGGCAUGAACACCGUCACUGGUCUCUUGGCCAUUGUCGGUUUCGCCGCUGCCUACCUCAUCUAA